CGCCUGCAGAAUUAGAAAUGAGUGACGGUCGAGAUGCAGACGGGUUCACGUUAGUGGGCAGAAAAAGGCGAGGGAAAACGCCCACUUUUGCACAAAGUGAGAGAAGUUUUGUCAGGGAGGAAAGCCAUGACAACCUCAAGAUUGUUCAGAGCAUAGAAAGUGGCAGAAACGUUGACAAAGCGGUUGUCGAAAACAAAAUUUUACUUGCUAGGGACGAAUUGCAGAUUAGUGAAUUUUAUAGGAUCUUUCGAGUGUCACUUUUUGAAAGUCUGAAAGAAUUGAGCACGGCCCUGACUGAAAAGGGCAAUGUGAAUAUUACAGACGAGAGUCACGAACAAGCAAGCCCUUCGCCAGAAACACAAUCUAAUGUUUUUCAAGUCCUGGAAAGUUCCCCCAGAAACUUACUAGAUGGUGCAGAUGUUGGACCGAGAACAACUUCAUGUCCAGAAUAUGGUGAAGAUGAACAGCUUUCUAUCCGGACAGACUGCAACAAGGAUGCCCAGAAAUUUUCCUCAAAUAUUGGUCCGACUUCAAAACUCGAAAGCAGUAGCUCUGAAGACGGAUUCUUGGGUGACCUGAGAGAUGAGGUCACAAAGGUCAAGGGUCAAGCCAGCGCUGAGGUCACGGGUCAACCCAGUGGUGAGGUCAGGGGUCAAGCCAGUGGUGAGGUCAGGGGUCAAGCCAGUGGUGAGGUCACAGGUCAAGCCAGUGCUGAGGUCUUCGGCCAGCCAGUGCAGAUAGUAGUGUGUUAUGGACUUGGCAACUUUUCAGACUGUGCUAUUGCGAGGUACCAGCUGGCUCUGCUGCUGCUCAUUUGUGACAGCCUGAAGGUGAAGUCGUCUAACUGCCAUUUGUAUGAUCCAAGAUUCACAGCUGAGGAGAUGCAAGUACUGAUGAGUCUCGGCCUGAAGAUUAUCCCACAGAAUGAGGAGUGUAAAAGGACAGCUACUGAGCCAACACUCUUCUACAUGCCUCACUGCGGCAAGCCACUGUACAACAACUUGCUAUGGGCUAACUGGAGUAUAAAGGGACUAGCAAAUGUCGUCAUCAUUGGCAACAGCUUCAACAAUAUUCAAGAAAGAUUGCCAAGCCGAGUGUUGCAAGAUUUUAGUUACCUACAACAAAUUAUACGCCACACAAGGGAAGUCUCGGUCAAAAAUAACUUCCGCUUUCCGGACAUUUUCAACGACACGUCCAUUCACCUCUUCCCGUCGGAGAGGCUGUGGACCCUUCCCAAUGCAUUCUGGGAUAGGGAUGAUGAGCCACGCUAUGAUCCCGAUACAGCGAUUGAGAUCAUCCUUAGCAAGUGAAA